AUGACUGUCUUUGCAAGGCUUCUCGGGGCGGUCUUAACCGCCGGCUCACUCACCGCGGCGAGCCCCCAGGACGAGUACGACUAUGUCAUCGUGGGCUCGGGCCCGGGCGGUGGUGCCCUUGCAGCGAACUUGGCCGUGAGCGGACACUCUGUCUUUCUCAUCGAAGCCGGCGGAGACAAGUCGGAAGACCCCUUGCAAAUUCUGCCGAUCCUUUCCCCUGUAGCCGCGGAAACACCUGGACACUCAUGGCAGUUCUUUGUCGAGCAAUAUGCCGACCCCGAUCAGGCUCGUCGAAGUCCGAGAUACACCUACCGGACGACAAACGGGACUUUGUACUAUGGACUAGACCCUCCCCUGGGGGCUGAACCUCUAGGUAUCAUGUACCCAAGAGGUGCUGCUUUGGGAGGCAGUUCCCAGGUCAAUGCCAUGAACUUCAUCUGGGCGCCCGACAACGAGUGGGAUCACAUUGCUAAUCUCACCGGGGAUGACUCGUGGCACCACGAGGAAAUGCGCCGGCAUUUCAUGGCUGUUGAGAACUGCACCUAUGUACCCGAGGGUACUGAGGGUCACGGCUUCGAAGGUUACAUCGAUUCGAGCUUGGGAGAUGGCGCCAGCAUCGCGGCCAACGACAAUGCCGCUCGCUUCAUGUCGGAACUAUUUCUUCAAGUUGAGGAUAUUGAGGUGGACGGCACCGAUACCAUGGUGGAGCUCCUCGACCGUGACAUGAACGGUAUCGAAAACGACCGCUACGAAGGCGGAUUCAUUUUCAACACACCCGCUGCUAUUUCGCCCACUGUUGGCGGCAGAGCUAGCAUCGCGAGACACAUCAACAGUGUCGUUGCUGCCGGUCAUCCUUUGACCAUCAGCUUUGACUCCCUGGCCACCAAGGUCCUUACGAAGAAGACUUUCUGGGGCAAGCCCAAAGCGUACAGCGUGGAAUACAUGGUGGGCGAGGGACUGUACUCUGCGGAUGGGCGGUACAACACCUCGCAGACUGCCGAAACCCGGACAGUCAAGGCCAAGAAGGAGGUCAUUGUCUCCGGCGGUACCUUCAACACGCCCCAACUUCUCAUGCUGAGUGGCAUUGGCCCUCGCGAUGAACUGCGGAAGCACGGCAUCCCUGUUGUGGCUAACGUCCCGGCUGUUGGCAAUUUUAUGCAAGACAACUACGAAGUGCCUGCCAUGAACGACGUCGACUUGGACCCGUGCACUUACACGUUUGACGAACAUGACCCGUGUUUUGUGCAGUGGCAGGAGACUCAGGACGGACCCUAUAAUGACGAUUCGGAUAUCCUCUACCUUAGCACCCCUGGCUUUGGAGGGUUUGGCGGCUUCUAUCCGGGGUACUCGAACAUUACUAUUACGCCGACGUCGUGGCGCACCCCCAUCGUCAAGAUGCAGACCGCCAACGCCGCAGGGACCGUCAAACUCAAGUCCGCCAACCCGAGGGAGGCACCAGCCAUCAACUUCAACUAUUUCACGGAGAAUGUGGAUACAGACCUGCAAGCGAUCAGCGAGGCCUUGGAUCUGUUGUUCAACGCCUUUGACGGGACCGGCAUCCCGUAUGAGAUUGCUUACCCUGGCCCUAGCAUCGAUUGGAGGCAGGCGUUUAUGGACGUGGCCUUCAGCCACCACGCAUCAUCAUCGUGUCGUAUAGGUCCUGCUGGUGACCUGGACUACUGCGUCGACUCCAAGUUUCGGGUCAACGGUGUUGAUAAAUUGCGUGUUGUCGACGCCUCCAUUUUUCCCCGUGCACCCGGCGGUAUGCCCAACGGACCAACCUUUACCAUCUCCCGCAAAGCCUAUGAGACGCUCAUGGAAGGAUCUUGA